AUGGUCCCGGUGGUACUGGAAAAACGUAUCUGUAUCAUACUCUUCUCACUAAGGUUAGAGCAGAAUCAGGAAUUGCUUUGGCAAGUGCUUCUUCAGGUAUCGCAGCAACUCUUUUACCAGGUGGUCGGUCGUACUGCUCACAGUACUUUCAAUAUACCUCUCAAGACAGACCAAACAUCAGCCUGCCACUUCUCAAAACAAUCAAACACUGCUAAACUUUUGAAGGAAGCAAAGCUGAUUAUUUGGGAUGAAGCACCAAUGACUCACAAGCACGCAUUUGAGGCUGUAGACAGAUCGCUUCAUGAUUUGAUGUCCUCAGUACAUCCUUCUUAUGCUGGAAAGCAUUUUGGUGGAAAAGUCGUUGUUCUUGGAGGGGAUUUUCGUCAAGUUCUCCCGGUAGUCAAGAAAGGUAGAAGGGCAGAUGCAGUUGCAGCCUCUUUGAAGGCAUCGUACUUGAUGUCUCAUACUAAAAGUCUCAGACUGACUCAAAAUAUGAGACUCACCAACGAUGAAGGCUCUUUCUCAUCUCAAUUCGGUUCUAACGAUUUCGCUCAAUACUUGCUCCGUAUUGGUGAAGGAUCUGACCAACAUCAAUUUGGUGAUACUCUGGCCAUUGACCCCCAUUUGGAUUGUAGUUACAUUGAAAGCUACAGCGAGAUUAUUGAAAUUGCUUUUGGUAAUGUAUCUAUGAUGUCUUCACCGACGUCCUUUAUAGACACAACUAUCCUGGCAGCAACGAAUGCGGUGAUGGAUCAGAUAAACGAUCUAGCUCUGGUAGCAUUUUCUGGAGAAUCUGUUGUAUAUCUAUCCAACGAUGAACAUAUCAUUGAUUCAGGGUCUCCGUCUAAUACACCUGUUGAGUAUCUGAAUAGGUUGAAACCUUCUGGAAUGCCUCCACAUGAACUAAAGCUGAAAGUCAACCAGCCUAUCAUGUGUCUUCGAAACAUCAAUCCAAGACAAGGCCUAUGCAAUGGAACCCGUCUUAUAGUCAGAAAUUUGAUGAGAAAUACGAUUGAAGCCGAAAUUGCAUGCGAUAGCCACCAAGGGAACUUUGUAUACAUUCCAAAAGUUUCGCUGCACAGUGACCAAGACACCGCAGAACUCGAGGGAAAGCUGUCAAGAACGCAAUUUCCAGUGCAAAGCGCCUUCGCUAUCACUAUAAACAAAGCUCAAGGGCAAACCCUCCGCAAUGUUGUCGUUUCUUUGCUGGACCCCGUUUUCUCCCAUGGACAGUUGUAUGUUGCUCUAUCAAGAGUAACAACAUUGAAUCAUCUCAAAAUUGUUUUACAAAAGGCUGAAAACGAACAAUCAAGACAAACUAUAAACGUUGUCUAUCAAGAAAUUCUUUCUUAA